GUCAUAACAUAGUUGUAAACGAAUUUCAACCAUUAAAUUAUGUGUAUUUUUGUCCUUGAUUCAAUUUCGAAUGGAUUUGAAUUAGCAAUGGAAUAUUAUGUGUUUAAACCUUGACAUCUUUUUUAUGUUUUACAGCUGUUGCUCUCGGGUAAUCAGGCGCCAUGACAGACUCGAAGAUAUUGCUUGCUUUCGUUUGUGUUUUUGCCACCGCGUCUACACAGAAUAACUGCAAAAGUCUGCAGGUAGCUGCGAACGGAACUCUUUCAAGUGGGACAUACACUGUCCAAAACAGCUUGUGUCAGUCGUUCCGUAUAUAUUGCCUCUUUAAAGAAGGAUACGGCUACACAUUUCUCUCCAGCAACACAAACGUCACGGUCAACAUGGAAUCUCUCUACGAUGACAAAACACAUAUUUUGGUUCGCUUCACCAAGGCCAAUAAGCAGUACGAGUCUACCUUAGCUCAAAUUGACACUUUCGCCUCGGUUCCUCUGUCCAUACAAUACAACAGCUACAUUGGCUAUAAUAAGCCACAAAACGUUAAUAUGACGCCGUACAUUUACGUCGGAUUUAUUCCCGCGUCAAACACGUUCAAAGGUGCGAUACAGGGAUGGAAGAGAAACGGACAGGAGCAGUUCUUUAACAAUUGUGAUGGCAACCCGAACAGCUACAUAAUGUUUAUGUUCAACCAUGAACAUAGAGGAUAUACGGAUUACGACGGAAGCAGGAACCCGUUGCUGUACAAAUGGUACGACAACGGAACAGAGGUCUUGUCGUUGGAUUACGUUCCCGGCGAGUUUCUUACGAGUUACCACGAGAUUCACCAUGGAGGCUGUGGCGGUUAUAGUCGUGGCAGUGGCGUUCCGACAACUGCCAAUAUUGGAAUGAAAUUUGUGACUUCGCAUAUGGAAACAUCUUAUCCAUCUUCUUCAACAAAUACCAAAACACCAAUAACGUCGUGCCAUUCCGAUACACCAAACCGGUCAACCAAAUCCACCCCCUCAUCUCUUGAACCUAAUGUGACUUCACAUAUGGAAACAUCUUAUCCAUCAUCUUCGUAUUCUUCAACAAAUGCCACAAUAUCGAUAACGUCGUGGCAUUCAAAUACACGGUCAACUAGUGUUCAACUAUCCGAUACAACAACACCAUCAGUAGAAACAAAAUCUACCCCCUCAUCUCUUACACCUAAUGGGUCAGCCCCUGUUGCCGUUAUAGCCGGAUCUGUCGGUGGUGUGGUCAUGGUUGUAAUAGCAAGUAUUGGGCUACUGAUCUUUUACAGAAAAAGGAAAAUUCAGAAAGAAAAUAACGACAAGGAAAGAAACAGUAGGAUCCAUUCAAACCAAGCCUACUACGUGAAUGACACCGUUUCAUCGUCUAGCAAAGACAGUGGACUUGUCAAGCAUAAUGACCUUGUGGUAGACGAAAUGGUGGCCGGCGAAUACAACAGAUCGCGGCAACACAUUCCAGAUACCAACACAUCACAAGAUAACGCCUACGCUCACAUUGGACUAUCUACAGCCGUUGAUUUUACUUAUUCACACAUUCCAAAACCUAAAGGCGCGUUGUUUGACAACACUUACUCCCACAUAGCUAAUGGCAAACCGGUUGAGACAUUGGAAACCGAGGACACAAAUACAACCUAUAACCACUUGGAAGAGUUUUGUUUAAGAAAAAAUACAGACAAAAAAGAAGAAUCAUGUGACGACACAUACAACCAUGCACAAAUUGAUCCUACCCAUCCUAAGGCAGAAAAGGAAGAUCGAUAUAAUACAUAUUCGCACAUUAACCAGGCUGGAUUAAACGGACAGAAACCAAACCCUGAUAAACAACGCGCUGAUGCGCAGAAACCAACAAAGGCAACUCAGAUGAAUAAAGAAACAACAAUCGCUGCAAAAGGAAAAAAACAUCAUCGCGACGCUCAAAAUGGCAAAAGUUCUAUGACAUCUGCUGAAAGUGAUAACAAAGCCGAAGUACACACUUAUUGUGUUCUGGAACCGAAUGCUAACCAGCGUUCUAAACAAGCUGUAUACGACUACGCAGUAGUAGCAAUGCCAGAGAAAGACCAUACAGAGUUCAAGGUUGUGGACGCGCCGACAGAUCUAACGCAUGAGUACUUUGUCCUUGAGCAUACUAACUGAGCUGUGACAUAUCAAUUAUGAAUGUUCCGCAACGACAGUGCAAUGCAAAUGGAUUUAUCGCAUGUGUAACAAGAAAAUCUGAACAGUACUGUAAAGGGAGAACGGGAGAUUGCAUAAAUGAGACGUGUGCUCACUUUAACAUCAUUAAUUGUGUUUGACACUUGUCUAUAAACAUUUUUAGGUUAACAGUUUUGAAAAAUGAAGAACGAAAACUAAUAUUGACAUUAUAUCUACAUGUAUAUCGAAAACAAAAUUUACACUUCAUAUGAGCACAUUGUAAUGUUUACACAUAUAUGUAUUGAUGUUACGGCAAAGUUUGUCGAUCAAAGUCUGUCGAUCAAUCAAGUUCAUGAUUUAUAUACCUAACCAGUUGUACUAUUCAUAUUCACUGCCCUUUCUUUGAUAAUGCUACUCUAAAUAUUUACCAAAUGUAAACAAACUAUAAAUACGUUUUAAAUAAAGUCCCAUAAACUUA